GGCGCGGAUGGCGGGGCCCCGCCGGUGGCCGCUGCAGCGCGGGGCCCGCCGGAGGAUGUGAGGAGGCGGCGGCGGAGCCCCCGCCGGGCUGGGAGGGCGGAGAGGGGCCUCCCCCGCGGCGCGGCCCGGCCCGGCCCUGCCCGCCCGAGGGGCCGCGCCUGCCCCCCCGACCAGCGCCCGCCCGACCAUGGGGGACUUCUACGACCCGGAGCACCCCACGCCGGAAGAAGAAGAAAAUGAGGGCAAGCCUGAAACUGUCCAGAAAGCUGGUUUUAUCAAAGGCCCAGUCUUCAAAGGUGUUGCUUCCAGUCGUUUUUUGCCCAAAGGCACCAAAACAAAGGUGAACCUUGAGGAGCAAGGAAGACAAAAGGUGUCUUUCAGCUUUAGUUUAACCAAGAAAACCUUGCCCAAUAGAUUUCUGACUGGUCUCGGGAACGAGAAACAGAAUGAAACUCAGAACUCUCCAGCAGCUGCACCCCUUCAGACUGACUUUAACCCCAAAAGCAGAAUGGACCUGGGGGAUGCCACGGGUGCAGCUGAGGAGCCUUCACCUCCGAAACCCAAGGUAGAAUUAGGGAAGAUCCAUUUUAAAAAGCAUUUACUGAACGUCACGGCGAAACCGCCACCAGCUCCGGCAGCGACGCUCCCGCCACCGCCUGUGGCACCGGUGACGGAGCCGGUGGCCUCGGCCACGGACUUUCUGGCAACGCCACCACCACCUCCCCUGCCGCCCCCUCCGCCCACGGUGUCACCGGCAGCCCCGAUGCUGCUCCCGGCAGUGGUGGCCUUGCCACAGCUGCCAGUGACACCCAUGUCCUCGCUGUUGCCAUCGCCGCCCGUGGAAGCUGAGGUCCCUGCUGCCAAGGAGCCGUGCCAGGUGGUAUCUAAGGAGGCUUCGGAGCCUGAGGUCAAGCAGGACGCGGCACGGCGCGGUUCGGAAGAACGUGGAACUCGGAGCACGCCCGAGCAGACGGAAGUAACUCCGCAGAAGGAAGAUUCCCAUAUUGGGAAAGAGGAUGAGGUUCCCGACGGCUCGAAGGGUGCUGCCCUCUGCUCCCGCAGGCAGGGCUCCAAGAGGAAGUUCUCCCAGUCCGACGGCACGCUGCAGGGCUCCGAGUCCGACGAGGAUUCGGUCAGGACCUCCUCCAGCCAGCGGUCACAUGAGCCCAAGGUAUCCAGUACGGAAAAGGAGAGAGAUGCCAGACGAAGCUCCACGUACCUCAGAGGUGACGAGGCGGGGAAGUCCUCCUCGCGCUCCAAGUCAGACAGGGACGACAAGUACUCGAGUUACUCCAAGUCGGAGCGGGACUCGCGGUAUGGGUCCUCCCGCUCUCGCUCUGACAGGGAGAGGAGGCGAAGCCGGUCCCGGUCCCGGUCCCGAUCCGACCGGAGCUCCCGAACCAGCUCCUCCUACUCCAGGUCGGAACGCUCGCAUUACUACGAGUCCGACCGCAGGUACCACCGGAGCUCCCCCUACAGGGAGAGGUCCAGGUAUUCCCGUUCCUACGCGGACAGCAGGGCGCGAGACAGCUCGGACUCGGACGAUGAGUACAGGAGGACACAUUCCAGAUCCGGCGACUCCAGGAGAACGUCCUCCCACUCCUCCUCCUCCUACAGAGACUCAAGGAGUUCUUACUCCAAGUCGGACAGGGACAGCAAAGUCGAGUCGUCUCACGCUGACUCGGAGAGGAGAGGAAGGUCUUCGUCCAAAGCAGACAGAGAUUCAAAAAGGACUUCAGAAAGUGAAGUAACCAAAAGGUGCUCUCCCCUUGAUGAGCUAGGCUAUCGAAAGGGGACAUCCCAUAGUAAGCCCGACAGUAAUGUGAAUUCCUCCCGUUAUAAGUCCACCCCUUCAAAGACCCCCGCACCAAAGCCUGAUAAAUUUAAGAGUUCUUUCUGUUGUGCAGAAUCGAGCGAAGAAAUAAAGCAGCAGUCUAAUUCUCUAGAUGUAGAGACCUCGUGUCUAAAAAGCAGCGAGAUCAGGGCGUCCGUUGCCAACAAGCUGGAAAGGGAAAAGGCACUUUCUCCAGUACAGCAGUUCAGCGAUUCACCUGCUGUUCAAAAAGCUGAGGAGCUGAAAGUGGGUUUUGCUCACUCGAAGUCUGAAGAACUUACAGGAAACCAGUACCACGACAGUGUCACGGAGCAAGAAACUUUAUUAAAGAUACAGCAUGAGCAGGUCAGAACGUGUCCCCCCGUGGAGCUGAGUGUAAAUGGGUCUCCAGAGGGUCGGGCUGAAGCUUUGGCAACUUCCAGUGCCUCCAAACCAGAGGAUGUCGCUGUGUCUUCCGAUGAUGGCCUGUGUCAGUCGGAAGCGUCACCUGUUGUGAAGACAACACCAUCGUUCCUGUUGCCAUCUAACGGGUUUGAGAGCACGUUCGUGUCUCAAGAGGAAGAGCCGGAUGAUUCUCGGGUCCAGUCCAGUGAGUGCAACAGCCUCUGUGGGCAGGUGGAGGCUCCGGUCCCGCAGCAGGAAGGGGAAGCCACCCCCUUGCCCCUCGUGAAUGUAGAUCCUACUGAACCUGCACUUAACCAGCUGGAUGAUGAGGCCACUCCCUGUGAGAAAACCAAAGAACCAGUUUUUUGCUACAUUUCAGACGAUGCCACCCCAGCUUUGUAUCACUCGGAAGUUGAGAUCGAAGCAGAACCAGCAGAUUUAAAAGUUACUUCCGAGACUUUCUUGGAUGUGCAGGUGGAGCCACAGACUGUUACUUGUGACUACGAGAGCACGGAGGAUCACCACCCAGAGUCUGCCUGCGGUGAUGAGCAUGGUCAUGAUUCCCAGAAAAUCAGCCUGGCAGUGGAGAGCUCGAGCAGGGAUCCCCCCCAGGAUGGCUCUUCCCCAGGGCUCAGGUCAGACCAUCCGAUGCCGGAGGAAAGCGUCUCUUCCAAAUGGGAUGUGCCACCACCAGAUGGACACCAGGAGCUUCUGCAGCAUUCAGAAGCUGAAGAGGUGGUGGAGAUGGAGAGUCAGCAUGUCGAUCUUGGUUCAGCAGAAGGCAAGCCAUCCGUCAGAGAUGAGCAUUCCUACUACUCGGAAGUGCCGCUGGAGCACCGUGGCAGAGAGGUCGUGGAGGAAAGUGUUGUUUCCACCGAGGAAGUUGGGCCAGAUGAUUUGAGAGUUGGGUGUCCUGGUGUAUUGGCUGAGAAGGAGGAGGGAGACGAGCCCUUGGUGGCUUCAGCUUUUCCAGACGCCACGUUUCCCUCUUGCGAUGUCAUCGUCACAACAGAGGAAAUGGAGACAGUCACUCAAGCCCCAACGUGUGACAGCAGCGGCAACGCCGCCGAAUUUGUCCCCGCUGGCCACGAUGAUUACUCUGACAUGGGGGAGAGCGACAGCGAGAGGGGCAGCGAGGACAGUGACACGGAAGACUCGGACUCUGACGAUGGAACACCACGGAAACGGCUCCAGUCUGUUGUGGUGGUACCAAAGAACUCAACCAUCGCCAUGGAGGAGAGCAGCCCCGGCUCCUCACGGAGCAGCCAGGGCAACCGGCGCUUCUCUGACCACUGGGACGAUGAGCGGCCCGAGCCCAGCAGACCCUACUACGAAGAGAGGAUGGAGAACAUGGCGAGUAAAGGUGGCCCACAAGUAGAGAGCAGAUCUUCUCCUAGAGGGAUGGAGAAGAGUCUGGCAACUUCUACCGAGCUCAGCAGGAAGGAGCUGGAGGAGCUGCGGCCAGAUCCGUGCCAGCCUCAGAGCGAUGGUGUUGACAGCACAAGCCAGGCAGACCUGACAGCAGAUUCCCAUGGCAAACCCAACCCGGAUGAGAGGAUAAUGUUGAAGGAGCUGGUGUCUGUUGGGAGAGUGAUGGGCCGAGAAGACGAGCAACCAUUUUGUCUACCGGAAAGUUUCGAAAGCACCGAUAAAUCCCAACAUCCGAUGAGCUCUUCCAAGCCAGACAGUCGGCAAGGGAAGGGUGGGCUCAACCAGUCUGGCCUUGGAGACUUCUCCAGGCUGGAUGGUUUUCAUACCCCAGAGGGUGGUUUGAAUUGGGACUUUUCCCAGACAGAGAAGCCCAGCAGCACCUACCAGCAGCCAGACAGCAGCUUUGGGGUCUACCCAGGCUAUGUUUACCAGCCGGGCUCAGGAGCCUACGCUGGCUCUGAGAGCUACUGGCAGGGCAAUGGUUACUGGGAUGCCAGGUCAGCCAGCAGACCUUCCGUGGGGAAUUAUGAACGGAUUCAAGGGCAAGUUCCAGAUUCUCUAACAGAGGACCACGAGGAGUACGAGGAGGAUGACCGUUGGGAUGAUGACUGCAAACCUCGUUUUCCCAGCCCCUCUGAUAAGUGCCAAGUGCCCGGGCAGCAGGAACAGGGCUCAGUGCAGGCACACGAGAUCAGCAGCAAUUCUACCAAGGAGCCAGUGCCUGGUGGGGAGAAGAAGGAAGAGGUGAAGGUUCUGGAAAAAAACGAGGUGAAAGAACGAGGUCCACCAAAAAAAAGGCGCCCGGAGUUGGAGAGCGACUCCGAGAGCGACGUGGACUCGAGGGAGAAGAAGAAGGUGAAGCCAGAGGGAGAGCAAGUGGAGUCAACACCACAGGACUCCUCCAUGGUCGGGCGGUUGUGUAUCAUGGAUGACUUCCGAGACCCCCAGCGCUGGAAGGAGUUUGCCAAGCAAGGAAAGAUGCCCUGUUACUUCGACCUCAUCGAGGAAAAUGUGUACUUGACAGAAAGGAAGAAGAACAAAUCUCACCGGGAUAUCAAGCGGAUGCUGUGCGAGUGUCCUCCUCUCUCCAAAGAAGAACGAGCUCAGGGGGAGGUUGCUUGUGGAGAAGACUGUCUCAAUCGCCUGCUCAUGAUAGAGUGUUCUUCCAGGUGCCCCAACGGUGACUACUGCUCCAACAGGCGCUUCCAGAAGAAGCAGCAUGCAGAUGUUGAGGUGAUCCUCACUGAGAAGAAAGGCUGGGGGCUGAGAGCUGCCAAAGAUCUGCCAUCCAACACUUUUGUCUUGGAGUAUUGUGGGGAAGUGCUGGAUCACAAAGAGUUCAAGGCUCGUGUGAAGGAAUAUGCCCGGAACAAGAACAUUCACUAUUACUUCAUGGCCCUGAAGAACGAUGAGAUUAUCGAUGCCACCCAGAAAGGAAACUGCUCUCGGUUUAUGAACCACAGUUGUGAACCCAACUGUGAGACACAGAAGUGGACGGUGAACGGGCAGCUCCGAGUUGGAUUUUUCACCACCAAGCUGGUCCCCUCGGGCUCAGAGCUGACCUUUGAUUACCAGUUCCAGAGAUAUGGCAAAGAGGCUCAGAAGUGUUUCUGUGGCUCAGCCAACUGCCGGGGUUACCUGGGAGGAGAGAACAGGGUGAGCAUCCGAGCUGCUGGUGGGAAGAUGAAGAAGGAGCGUUCCCGGAAGAAGGACUCGGUGGACGGGGAGCUGGAAGCGCUGCUGGAGAACGGAGAAGGUCUCUCUGAUAAGAACCAAGUUCUCAGCUUGUCCCGGCUGAUGGUCCGGAUCGAAACGCUGGAGCAGAAGCUCACCUGCCUCAAGCUCAUACAGAACACGCACUCCCAGUCCUGCCUGAAGUCCUUCCUGGAGUGUCACGGCCUGUCCCUCCUCUGGAUCUGGAUGACGGAGCUGGGCGACGGCCGGGGCAGCACGGCCACCAACCUCAGGCUGCAGCUGGAGAUCAUGAAGACACUAGAGCUCCUGCCCAUCCCUACCAAGAACAUGCUGGAGGAGAGCAAAGUUCUUCCCAUCAUUCAACGCUGGGCUCAGACCAAGACUGCUGUCCCCCAGCUCAGCGAGGGGGACGGCUACUCCAGCGAGAACACCUCGCGGGCCCACACACCCCUCAACACCCCCGACCUCUCCACCAAGCAGAGCACAGAAGGGGACACAGACACCCCCAAGAAGCUGGUGUUCCGAAGGCUGAAAAUCAUAAGUGAGAACAGCAUGGACAGUGCCAUCUCGGAUACAACCAGCGAGCUGGAAGGGAAGGAGGGCAAAGAGGACCUGGACCAGCUGGAGAGUGCCCCGAUGGAGGUGGCGGAGGAGCAGCAGCAGCAGCAGGAGAUCAAAGCUGCCGUUGACACGCCGGUGGAGAGCAGCAAACCCCAGGCUGCAGAGCUGGAGGCUGAGCCUGAUGCUGAGGUGAAAGAGAGCAGCAGCACGAAGCUGGAGGAGCCCAUCACGAUGGAAACGCCAUCUCAAGAUGAAGAGGAAGGCGUAUCCGACGUGGAGAGUGAGAGGAGCCAAGAACAGACGGACAAAAUAGUGGAUGUGAGCGACCUGGCCACCAGGCUGCUGGACAGCUGGAAGGAGCUCAAGGAGGUCUACAGGAUUCCCAAGAAGAGUCAAGCAGAAAAGGAGAACAGUGCUGACCGUGGGAGAGAGCCUGCUGGCCUCAGGGAUCAGACUCCUACUCUGAAGAACCCCAUCCUGAGCAGGGAGAGGGAUCCUGAGAAGCAGAGCCAGAGUAAAGAGAAGAAGAGACGGAGGGACUCGCUGUCCCCUCCAUCCUCGGCCUACGAGCGAGGAACGAAGAGGCCAGAGGACAGGUAUGACACACCAGCAUCUUCCAAGAAGAAGGUCCGGCUUAAGGACCGCAACAAGCUCUCCACGGAGGAGCGCAGGAAGCUGUUCGAGCAGGAGGUGGCCCAACGGGAAGCCCAGAAGCAGCAACAACAACUGCAAAACCUGGGGAUGACAUCCCCCUUGCCCUACGACUCCAUGGGCUAUGGCACACCCCACCACAGCUUCAUUGGCUACCCACCUGGCUACCCCAUGCAAGCCUACGUAGACCCCAGCAACCCCAACGCGGGCAAGGUGCUGCUCCCCACGCCCACCAUGGACUCCAUGUGCUCACCAGCCACCUACGAGCACCCCCAGACUUUGGUUGGACACACAGUGGAAUCAACCCUCACUCCUCCUCAGCCGGUACCAGUAGUCCAACAUGUAGCAACCACCAUGGAGGUCACCACCCCACAGUACGUAGCACAAAGCGACACCGUGGUCCAUCAAGAAGCCAACGUGGCUGUCCUACCUGUGGCCACAACGGGACCAGUGCAGAGCCAGAGCUACGGGGUGUGGGAUUCCAGCCAGCAGCCCGUGGCUGUCCAGCAGCAGUACUCACCAGCCCAGUCCCAACCAGCCAUAUAUUACCAAGGACAGACCUGUCAGACCGUGUACGGUGUCACCUCCCCCUACUCGCAGACCACCCCGCCCAUUGUACAGAGUUAUGCCCAGCCAGGUCUCCAGUACAUCCAGGGCCAGCAGAUCUACACGGCUCAUCCCCAGGGAGUCAUCGUGCAGCCACCCACAGCUGUGACCACGAUCGUGGCAGCUGGGCAGCCUCAACCCAUCCAGCAGCCAGAGCUUGUGGUGACCAACAACCUCUUGGACUUGCCUCCACCAUCCCCACCAAAACCCAAAACGAUUGUCCUCCCACCCAACUGGAAAACAGCCCGAGAUCCAGAGGGGAAGAUCUACUAUUACCAUGUGGUAACGAGGCAAACCCAGUGGGACCCUCCUACCUGGGACAGCCCAGGAGAUGAUGCCAGCCUUGAACAUGAAGCUGAGAUGGACCUGGGGACCCCAACGUAUGAUGAAAACCCCAUGAAGUCUUCCAAGAAGGCCAAGACGGCGGAAGCCGACACGUCCAGCGAGCUGGCCAAGAAGAGCAAGGAGGUGUUCCGGAAGGAGAUGUCCCAGUUCAUCGUGCAGUGCCUCAACCCCUACCGCAAACCCGACUGCAAGGCCGGGCGCAUCACCACCACCGAGGACUUCAAGCACCUGGCACGCAAGUUGACCCACGGGGUGAUGAACAAGGAGCUCAAGUACUGCAAGAACCCCGAGGACCUGGAGUGCAACGAGAACGUGAAGCACAAGACCAAGGAGUACAUCAAGAAGUACAUGCAGAAAUUCGGGGCCAUCUACAAACCCAAAGAGGACACGGAGCUGGAGUGACCCCCCCAGCCCCUCCAGCCCCACCCUGGGCCACCCAGCACCCCCCACCCAUGGACUCAACCACCACAGGGGGAGCCUCUUUCCUUCUUCUUCUUCUUCUUCUUCUUCUUUUUUUUUUUUUUUUUAAAUAAUUAAAAAUAAGGAAAUUUUCUGAGUGAAUUUCUGGGUUUUUUGUCAAGAAGAACAAGAAAAGGAACAUUUCUGGGAGUGAAUUUCCCCUUUUUUAAAAAUAAAAUGGGAAUUUUUCAUGGUGA